CUAUAUUUUUAUAGCCUUCGAUGUACUCACAUAUACACUUAUAGACCAAUCUAUCUCCUCAAAACUUCUUCCUCUCCCUCCAUUCUCUUAUUUCCAUUCACCUGCCAAUUACCACUCUUCUUGUUCUUUUUCUUGCUAUUCUUCUUCUUCAUCUUCCAAUUCUUCUUCUUCAGUUAAUUCUUCUUCUUCUGUUUUCUUCAAUCAAUUCUUCUUCUAUCACAGAAACAUGAGGGAAAAACAAAUACAAGAAGCUAUGCGGUCACAAUUGCUCAAUCAGUUCUUUCCCAAGCCAGGUAUCAAAUAGCUAGAGAUUAAUUAAUCUCUCUGUUGUAGCCUUCAACUACACUGAGCUGAUUUCGCCGGAGUUCUUGAGCUCAAAUGUUGUCGGAGAAGGCUUUUCAGUACAAAAAGGAUUAUAAAGUGCUAGUCAGCACUUGGAAUGUAGGUGGCCUGCAGCCUUCUGAUGGCCUUGACUUGGAGGACUUGCUGCAAACAAAGGAGACCUGUUAUGAUAUUUAUGUUCUCGGGUUUCAAGAGAUUGUGCCACUUAAUGCGAAAAACAUUAUUGGGCCUGAGAGAAGAAGUAUUUCCUUGAGGUGGAACACUGUGAUUAGUGAGGAACUGAAUAAGAAUUCUGGGGGAAAGAAGAAGAGAAGCUCCUGUGAAGAAUAUGAAUGCCUGAUUAGCAAGCAAAUGGUUGGAAUAAUGGUGUCAGUGUGGGUGAGAAGAGAGCUACAGCAGCACCUUCAUCACCUUAGUGUCUCCUGCGUUGCCUGUGGCUUCUUAGGAUUUCUUGGAAAUAAGGGGUCAGUUUCUGUAAGGUUUUUCCUACAUGGAACAAGCAUUUGCUUCGUAUGUUGCCAUUUGGCUUCAGGAGGAAAGGAAGGGGAUGAGAUCUACAGGAACUCUGAUGCCAUUGAUAUAAUCUCUCGGACGAACUUUCCACAGAUUUCUUCAACGAAUUUGCCUCAGAAGAUUUUUUAUCAUGACCGAAUAAUCUUACUAGGUGAUUUGAACUAUAGAAUUUCCUUACCAGAGGCUGAGACUCGAUGGCUAGUUGAAAGAAAGGAGUGGAACCUCUUGCUUGAGAAAGAUCAACUGCGUUAUGAGAGGGCAGAAGGUCGGGUGUUCGCGGACUGGGAAGAAGGCAACAUAAGCUUCCAACCAACGUACAAAUAUUACCCAAACACUGAUAAAUACUAUUGCUGCGUUGAGGGCAAGAAGGAGAAAGCGAGAGCUCCAGCAUGGUGCGAUAGAAUUCUAUGGUACGGGAAAGGUCUGAAGCAAAGGGAAUACAAUAGAUGUGAACUGAAGCUCUCCGACCACCGGCCGGUGAGGUGCAUCUUCAACGUCGAGGUGGUUGCGCCGUCGCAGUCGCCGUCGUCUCCGGCGCCAUCAACAGCCAAUUUCAGCUCGCUGAUGAGAAGCUUCUUCUUGUCAGACGGAUUUGAACGAUUAGAUGGGCAUUUUGAAGCUUAAACUAUGUAAUUUGUUAUCAAAGAGCAUUCAGAUUGAGGUCAAAAUUGUUAAUUUGAUUGAGAUUUGCUCAAAGUUUAUUUCUUGUAAUCAUGCAACUGUAAUCAAAUACAAGCUACUAAUUAGUAAUUAUUAUAUAUUGCCCCCUGCA